AUGUACGAACAAGACCCAGCAGCCCAGUUCGUCCAUCAAGUGUCGGCUGGAUACUCGCUGCCCCAGACGUUGCCCCAGUACACAUUCGAUGAGACACCGUUGCGCUUAACGGACCGGCGUGGACGCGGUGGUGGAUAUGGCGGGCUGGGAGGGCCUGGGGUAGGAGGCGCGGCCGGCAGGUCCCUGCUUUAUUCACCCAUUUUCAGCACGCCAGCAAGCGCCAACGCCACGGGCGUCGGCCCCGCAUCUUCUGCCGCCGGCCACUUCAACUUCCACACCACCUCUGCAACCUCCGCCUCUGCCCUCACCUCGUCCGUCCCCGCUACCACACAUCACCGGUCCUCGCCACCGCAUUUCGCCAUUCAAAAAAUGGAGCCAAAUCCCGAGGAUCUAGUCGCCCAGGAGGCGGCCGCCCGGGAAUUCCAACCCCAGCUCGAGGGCCCAUUCGUAGGCGAAAAGACGCCCAGCUCCGCCAUCACGAGCGAAUAUGCCAAGGCCGAUCCGGUAUACAUCCAGAAGACGGCGGUGUUACCCCGGACUUACUCGCAUUACCGCCCGAUCCAAGGUGACGGGAACUGUGGCUGGCGGGCCAUUGCCUUUGGCUACUUCGAGACGCUGGUAAAAGGCGGCAACAAGGGCCAGAUCGAAGCCGAGAAGCUACGUCUGGAGGGUCUCAACAGCUACAUCGAGACCAUUGGCGGCCACUCCCCAUAUGUCUAUACUGACUUUGUCGAGGAGACAUUGCUCCUCCUUGACCAGGUUGCCGCCCUUGCCGGUGACCCUGAGCAGGCCAUGAGAGAGGUAUAUGCGACCUUCAACGACUCCGAGAUUGGCAACGCCAUCAUGUACCACUUUCGCCUGCUGGCGAGUUCAUACCUGAAGGGCAACCAGGAUACGUAUGGCGCUUUCGUCACGGACGAGGCAGGUGUGCAGGGUUAUUGCAGCAACGUCCUGGAGCGUCAUCAGGUCGAGAUUGACCACCUUGGUGUCUCGUUACUGGUCGAUGUGCUUCUCAAGCCUGUCGGUUUUGUUUUGGAAGUGGCUUACCUUGACCGCAGUCCUGGCUCCGAAGUCAAUUCGUACCGGUUUCCUGAGGAGGCCAGGGACCGACACCCAUCGACACUUGGACCCAUCAUCUACCUCCUGUUCCGUCCCGAUCAUUACGACCUUCUCUACGUUGCCGAGCCCGAGCCGAUUCCCGAGCCCGUUACUGUGCAGGUUCAUCGCGUGGCAUUUUCACCCACCUACGAUAUCGCCAGCGCCCCUGUUUCCAUGCCUAGCUACGGCAUCAACAUGGGGGUGCUCGGCAUGCUUCCCGGCUUUCAUGGGCCGCCACCGGGUCUAGCCCCAACCCUUCUGGAUACCAGCCCAUCACCAUUGUCGGCAUACAGCCCGAGUCCCACGUCAACCUGGAUGACCCCACCUUUUGCUGAGCCUCCUCAGCAGGCGCCUCCGGUCUCUGUCGCGGUACAAGCGGCCCCGGUUCCCAUGUCGUUGCCCAUCCAUACAGCUCCGGCGGUAGCUCCGGCAGCACCUUUGCAGACACACCCACUGCGUUUCAGCGAGUACUGCCAGCUUCCCGAGUACGUAGAGAACGACACAUGGCGCGAACCUAGCUUCCAAACGUCGACGUUUCGGAACAGCCAUUUCAACGUUGCGCACUACAACAACCCCAACUUUCAGCCCGAGGAAUAUCGGCCCGAGGCUGAAGACUACGAGGGACCGCAGCGCGGAAACGGGAAGAAGCGCGCGAGCGUCUAGCAGUUACAGACCAAAAAGAAAAAGUUCGAAACAUUGAUGGAUGGCUGUGCCAACCAUUCACCUAGUACAGCACACACAACAGAUUCCAAAAGACGCCGGUAGGGGGUUGGAGGAAAUAAUACCCAGGUUUGGCGAGCCAGCGACAGAGAGCGAUAAUUCGAUGACGACGAUCAAUAUAGCAGCCGCAGGGGGGGUUGUACUGGAGCGUUCGUUUAUCCCAAUCCCCGGGGGCUCAUGCAGCAUCUCCCGGUUUGUUUCGACCAUCUCACAGCAAAUCAUUCGGGGGCGCAUGGAACGCAACGCUUGCUUUUGGUCUCUUUUAUUUUCUUUGGGUCCGGCAAAGUCCACGAUAAUUCCCUCAUCAUAAACCUCUCGGGCCGCAGGAAAGAAAACUAGGUCCCUCUUCCUGGCUGGCCUUUUUGGUCAGAAGUAGACUGGACCCACAAGCCGAGCUCCUUUUUGUGCAAUGCCUUCGCCAGCAUUUCAGAGGGAACCGAAAGUCACGCAACGAUGGAAACUGCAAGCCCAUUUUUUUAUUUUUGACAUUGGAGUUAUUGACUUUACUCAUGUACGGGGUUUUGCUAUAUUUUUUUCUUCUUGGGUUUUCCUGCUUAGUAUUGUCUUGUAUUGGUGUUGACAUGUCUCAUGAUACACAGGUGUUCAGGAAUGGGAGCUUUUAGCCUUUUUUUGUAU